AUGGUUAAACGAUUGUUCAAAAGACGUCAAUAUUUGACGUCGUCAAAAACAUCCACAUCAUCUAUUACUACUACUACUACUACUCCAUGGACAACUGGUUUCAAACAAUUAAUCGAUCAGUUUAAAGUUUUUUAUAAUAAUCAUAAUAGUAAAAAAUUCCCAAAUAAAUAUCUUGAUGAGUUAGUAGAGAAAAUUUUAGCACUACAAAGCAGCCUAGGCAGUAGCCGUCUGAGGGGUACUCCAUCAGACAAUAAAUCCAAUAAUGAAAAUACACCUCCAACAUCCGGGAUCAUAUCACAUGAAUCGGCUAAUUUGGAAGUAAAGCUGACAAUGCAAAAAAUACACAGUUUAAUUGACAAUCAUUUCAAAGAAUAUGAAAAUGUUAAUCCGUCGGAUGGAUUGGCUGAACAGGAAGACCAUACACUGGUGAAUGAUGAGCUGGUAAAUUUUAAAGAAUCUUAUGAAAAGAUUAAAAAUUUCAUUGUAAAAUUACCACAAUUUUUAUCGUUUUAUGAAAAAGAAUUCAAUUUACCCGCCUCCGUAGAAUCAAUCGACCCAGUGUCCAAUGUAAUAGAAGAAGCUGAACAAUUUACACGGGUUCUUGAAAACAUUCCUAAAGGUGUAAAGAGUGCGAAAAGAAUAAUGGCAGCUAGUCAAAAACUACAUAAUGGAUUACAAAGGAUAUUAAAGUGUUCCUCUGAAUUACCCGAUUUGUCAGAGAAUCCGAUUGUUUCAGUAGUCAGUGAAUUACUGACUUCAUCAGUGUUUUCUGAGCGUUUAUCAACUAUACCGUCUUCGUCUACUUCACCGUCGUCAUCUUCAAGACCACCUUUGAUUUCAAAGAAUAAUGUAUAA